CUCCCUCUCUCCCCCUCUCUCCCUCUCCUCCCUCUCCCCAUGGCUUCCCUGUAUCAGAGACUGACCGGCAAGAUAAACACCUCCCGGUCCUACCCCGCCCCAGCCGAGGCCAGUCACCUCCUGGGUGGUCAGUGUGUGGAUGAGAAUGGUACCAAGGACAAGACCCUCCAUCCCCAGCAGCUCAGCACAGCCACAGCUCAGCCUGACCGCAGGAGCCACUGUGAGGACAGUGAGCUGGUGGGAAGCAACCCUCCGCAGAGGAACUGGAAGGGAAUCGCGAUCGCCCUCCUGGUCAUUAUGGUCAUCUGCUCACUGAUCGUCACCUCUGUUAUCCUCCUCACUCCAGUGGAAGACGACAGCCCGGCCAAGGACAAGGUGACCAUUGCCGACCUCUUCAGCAAAGAAUUCCAGAUUCACGACGUGGAGGCAAGAUGGAUAAACAACACCGAUCUGCUGUAUCGCAACCGCGAGGGACAUCUGGUGACACUGAACGUGGAAACCAACGCAACCACCCUCCUGAUGGAGAACCAGAGAUUUGAAUCGUUAAAGGUCAGCAAGUACCAGGUCUCCCCGGACAUGAAGUACGUGCUCCUGGCCUACAACGUCGAACAGGUCCACCGCCAUUCCUUCACCGCCUAUUACAUCUUGUGCAAGUUACACUCUUGCCGGGAGCAUCGAACCCUAAAUCCACCCGAAGUUCGGAAUGUGCAGUUGCAGUACGCAGGUUGGGGCGUCAAAGGCCAACAGCUGAUUUACAUCUUCGAGAACAACAUUUACUACCAACUGAACGUGGACAGUCGUGCUAUCCGACUCGUGGCCAGUGGGAAGGAAGGGGUCAUUUUUAAUGGCCUGAGUGACUGGCUGUAUGAAGAGGAGCUUCUGAGAACCAACAUCGCUCACUGGUGGGCCCCGGAUGGAGCCCGAUUGGCUUACGCCACCAUUAAUGACUCCAAAGUCCCCAACAUGGAGAUCCCUAUGUACCUGGGCUCCCUCUAUCCCACCGGCAAAGUCUACCCUUACCCUAAGGCUGGAAUGGAGAACCCAACCAUUUCCCUGUACAUCGUUAAUGUCAACGGUCCACCUCACACUGUGGAAAUGUCAAGACCAGAUGAUGUAAGAAUGAGGGAGUUCUACAUCACCAUGGUCAAGUGGGCGACAAGCACAAAACUGGCAGUGAAUUGGCUCAAUAGACCUCAGAACAUCUCCAUCCUGACCUUGUGCGAAGCCACCACCGGUGUCUGCACUAAGAAACAUGAAGAUGAAAGUGAAAGUUGGCUCUCCAGGCAGAAUGAAGCGCCUUUGUUUUCUAAAGACGGAAGGAAGUUCUUCUUUGUCCGGCCACUUUCCCAGGGAGGCCGUGGGAAGUUCUACCACAUCGCCAUGUCCUCAGCUCAGCCUAACAGUAGCAGUGACAACCUGCAGUCUAUCACGUCUGGUACAUGGGACGUGACCGAGAUUUUAGCCUACGAUGAGCUCCACCAGAAAAUUUAUUUCUUGAGCACAGAGGACUCUCCUUUGCGUCGACAGCUGUACAUCGCAGAGACCAACAGCAACUUUAACAGACAGUGCCUCUCGUGCGACCUGAAGCUGCCAAACUGCACCUACUUCAGUGCGUUGUUCAGCCGCAGGAUGAGCUACUUCCUGCUGCGCUGUAAAGGUCCAGGAGUGCCCACAGUCACCGUCCACAGCUCCAGUGACAGCAACAGCUACAUUGUCCUGGAGGAAAACGGUGAACUCCGCGACCACCUCAAAACCAAGCAGAUGCCCAACAUCGAGAUGAGAGAUGUCCUGAUAGAGGAAUACAAUUUGAGGAUGAAGAUUAUGAAGCCGGCAGGAUUUGUCGAGGUCUCCCAUUACCCUCUGCUGCUCAUUGUUGAUGGCACCCCAGGGAGCCAACUAGUGACAGAGCAGUUCCAGACAGGCUGGCCCUCAGCGCUGGCGAGCUCCCUCAACGCCAUCGUGGUGAAGUUUGACGGACGUGGCAGCGGUUUCCAAGGCACCAAACUUUUAUACGAAGUCCAGAACAAACUGGGCAUCGUGGAGGAGAAGGAUCAAAUCGAAGCUUUGAGAACGUUGUUGAAGGAGCCGUACGUCGACAAGACCAGAGUUGCAGUGUUUGGCCAGGCGUACGGAGGUUAUCUGAGUUUGCUUCUGCUCACCAACGGAGAGAACAUAUUCAAGUGCGGGAUCGCACUGUCGCCGAUCACGGACUUUAAACUGUAUGCCUCUGCUUUUUCCGAGCGGUACCUGGGAGCUCUCGGGAAAGACGACAAAGCGUACGAGAAGAAGCUGAUGUAUCGGGUGCCACGUUUAGAGGACAAGAAGUUAAUGUUAAUCCACGGGACUGCGGAUGAAAUGGUCCAUUUCCAGCACACGGCAGAGUUUAUAACCCAAUUAGUCGAAGCGAAGGCUAACUACUCUUUGCAGUUAUACCCCGAUCAGGGGCAUUUCAUGGAGAAAGAAGCAGUCAAACACCACCUCUACAACUCCAUCAUGAACUACUUCGAGGAAUGCUUCAGGAUCCCAGAGAACAUUCCGGUAGAACCAGAAGAGGAGGAAGAGGACGGUUAACGUCUGGGUUUCUCUCCGCGCCAAGCA